UGUCAUCAUUUUUAUAUUCCUUUACUCUACCAUUUUAUAACAUAUAACCUCCCCAGCCAUAUCCAUAAGCAGAACUGAUUUAUUUUUUCUUAUAAAUGGCCGCUUUAUCAUCAUCUCUACACUUGCUACAUUUUAAUUCUCAAUCAUCUUCUUCAAUAUCAUCAUUACUACCUGAUUAUCUGUUAUUUUAUCCAUCUCAAUCUUCUUCUUUUUCGUCAAUUUUUCUUCAAAAUACAGAUAUUUCUCCUCUGGUUCCUGUAGUAUCAACGGUGAAGUUAUCUUCGAGAUUAAAGUGUUUGACUCAGUCAACCGAAGCAGAAGAAGAAGAUCGGCUGUUGAGCGAUUCGGAGAGUUUAGUAUCGGACGGUGGAGAUGUGAGAGAAGACGUUAAAGCACAACAGCAGCAGCAGCAGAGGAUUGUCACUCCCAAUUAUAGCGAUUCUAACUCGCUUGGUAUUCGCGAGCCUGUUUAUGAGGUUGUUGAAGUGAAGCCAAAUGGGAUUGUUUCUACUAGGAAAAUUAACAGACGACAAUUGUUGAAGUCAAGUGGUCUCCGCCCUCGAGAUGUCAGGAGUGUUGAUCCUUCAUUAUUUUUAACAAACUCAAUGCCUUCAUUGCUGAUUCGCGAGGAUGCUAUCUUGCUAAAUUUGGGUUCAUUACGAGCAAUAGCCAUGCAAGAGCGUGUGCUUAUAUUUGAUUAUAACUGUAAAGGAGGGAAAGCUUUUAUAGACACAUUGUUGCCUCGUUUAAAUCCUAGAAACAACAAUGGAGGGCCAUGCAUGCCAUUUGAGCUUGAGGUUGUUGAAGCGGCAUUACUUUCACGAGUACAGCGUUUGGAGCAGAGACUAAUAGCUAUUGAACCUCGUGUUCAAGCUCUUCUUGAAGUUCUGCCCAACAGGUUAACUGCUGACGUAUUGGAGGAACUACGUAUCAGCAAACAGACACUGGUGGAAUUAGGUUCAAGGGCAGGAGCUCUUAGACAAAUGCUGCUUGAUCUUUUGGAAGAUCCACAUGAAAUACGCCGCAUAUGUAUAAUGGGAAGAAAUUGCACUCUUGUGAGGGGAAAUGAUAAUGUGGAGUGCUCUGUUCCCUUAGAAAAGCAGGUUGCUGAAGAGGAGGAGGAAGAAAUUGAGAUGCUUUUGGAAAAUUAUCUUCAAAGAUGUGAAUCUUGCCAUGGUCAGGCAGAACGACUUCUUGAUUCUGCAAAAGAAAUGGAAGAUUCUAUUGCUGUUAACUUGAGCUCCCGGAGGCUUGAAGUGAGCAGAGUGGAACUACUUCUGCAGGUGGGGACAUUUUGCGUGGCUGUGGGUGCUUUAGUAGCAGGUAUAUUUGGAAUGAACUUGAAAUCCUAUCUAGAAGAGCACCUGUUUGCCUUUUGGCUGACAACAGCUGGGAUAAUGGUUGGUGCUGUUGUGUCAUUUUUUCUGAUGUACUGGUAUCUCAGAACGCGGAAAAUAUUGUAACUUACCCACUGCUCAAAAUUAGUGCAUAAUCCAAUUAUCUUCGACAGUUAUAUAAACAUUAUGAAGUCUUCCCACUGUAUCUGCAAGAAUGGAGUCUGAAUGUGCGACAUAGAUGAGAUGAAUAAGCUUUCAAUACUCUCGGAACGAGGUUCUUGGCUAUGACAAUAGUGGAAUACUACUUGCUCUACAAAUGUAGAUUUGAAUGCAAUUAAAAUGCAUCACUUUUGUGAUUUGAACUAAUCUAAAAGUUUUUUUUAAUUAUUUUCAAAUUCAA